UCUGCAUUUGCCUAUCGCCUAUAGGCUAGGGACACUGCCCCCUGGAAAGUGCUAUGCCCAAGCUGAGCCAGCGUUGUGCCCACUGGUCGCGCCUCAGAUCAGCGCUGUGUGUGCUCAGUGUGGUCUUGUUGUGCCAAUGGCUGCUGGUCCAGAAAGGAGGGGGCUGGCUGACCCUCAGGCUGGUGAAACCAGGCGCCAGUCCAAUGCAGGAACACCUUCUGCUGGUCGAGGAGAACUCCACCUGCUGGCAGAUCAUCCAUGGGGACAGGCAGGAGGUGGAAAGGGCCCUCCUCAACUCCAUUACUGUCUCCCUCAAGCACCAAACCGUCACUGCGGGAGAUUAUCUGAACAUGACCCGAAAUUGCAGAUCGUUUGUGAGGGCCCGCAAGUAUAUCACUGUCCCCCUGAGCCCUGAGGAGGAAAACUUCCCCUUGGCUUACUCCAUGGUCAUCCACCAGAGCAUUGAGAUGUUCGAGAGGCUUCUACGGAGCAUUUACGCCCCACAGAACGUCUACUGUAUCCACGUGGACCGCAAAUCCCCGAGUCAAUUUCAUGCGGCCGUUUGGGCCAUCGCUUCGUGUUUCCACGAAUAUGUCUUUGUCGCAGCCAAGCUGGAGUGGGUCACCUAUGCUGGCUGGAGCAGAGUUCAGGCGGAUCUCAACUGCAUGAAGGAGCUGCUGGAGAGCCCUGUCCGCUGGAGGUACUUCAUCAAUGUGUGUGGCCAAGACUUCCCCCUGAAGACCAACCGGGAGAUAGUCCGCAGCCUCAGAGCUCUGAACGGCUCCAACGUGAUUGAGUCGGAUCCUGCACCAGGGUUCAAAAAGGUAACCACCUUCCUGUCUGCUGGACCUCUCU